UAAAAUUCGUAAUAUCAUAAAGUUUUAGGGUGAAUUUUGUGAAACUGAAAUGUCUAUAUAAUGUUCAGCCCUAAACCCAAAAUCUUACAUAAAUCCAACAAGCCUCAGCAGUCAGCGCCGGCGACGUUCGGAGGCGCCGGCGACGAUAAGAACAAAACCACUUCUGGAAGUCAUGGAUAGGGCUCUCGCACAGUUGACAUAUUUACCUUUGUUAAAUCCUAUUUUGAAGCAUGGCCAGAUCAAGGGCUAUGGGAAAACGACUAGGACAGCAAGAAUGGUAUGUAAUGUACAAUUCUCUCCCCUUAGGAUGGCAAGGUUUUCAGGGUUGCGAGGUUCUAAUGCUUUUGGUACAAUGGUUAGACCUGGCCUUGAUUUCCACUCUACGCUGGCACCCGCUAUCUCCAAUCGCCAAAGAAAGUCUAGGAGAUUUGUUCCUAAUGCCAUGUUUGAGCGUUUCACAGAAAAAGCAAUAAAGGUCAUUAUGCUUGCACAAGAGGAAACAAAACGUCUAGGUCACAAUAAUGUUGGGACAGAGCAGCUUUUGUUAGGUCUUAUUGGAGAGGGAACUGGGAUUGCUGCUAAGGUUCUCAAAUCGAUGGGAAUCAAUUUGAAAGAUGCCCGUAUUGAAUCGGAGAAGAUCAUUGGGCGUGGUAGUGGAAUUGUUUCUGGGGAGAUUCCAUUUACUCCUCUUGCAAAGCGUGUUUUGGAACUCUCUCUAGAGGAAGCCAGCAAGCUUGGUCAUAGUUAUAUAGGGACGGAGCAUUUGCUGUUGGGAUUGCUUAGUGAGGGUGAAGGCGUGGCAGCAACGAUUCUUGAAAGUUUAGGUGCUGAUCCAAAUAACAUCCGCACACAGGUCAUUCGAAUGGUCGGAGAAAGUUCAGAAUCUGUCAGUGCAGGUUUUGGAGGGGGAUCUACUGGCAGUAAGAUGCCGACAUUGGAGGAGUAUGGCACUAACUUGACAAAGUUGGCAGAGGAGGGCAAACUGGAUCCAGUUGUUGGCAGGCAGGUGCAAAUAGAACGUGUGACCCAAAUUUUAGGUCGCCGGACAAAAAAUAACCCAUGCCUUAUUGGAGAACCUGGUGUUGGAAAAACAGCUAUUGCAGAAGGCCUUGCUCUACGAAUUGCAAAGGGUGAUGUUCCAGAAACCAUAGAAGGAAAGAUGGUUAUUACACUAGAUAUGGGUCUUCUUGUUGCUGGCACGAAAUAUCGGGGAGAGUUUGAGGAAAGACUGAAGAAGUUGAUGGAGGAAAUUAAACAAAGCGAUGAUAUAAUUCUAUUUAUUGACGAGGUGCACACAUUAAUUGGAGCUGGAGCAGCAGAGGGGGCAAUUGAUGCUGCAAACAUCCUCAAACCAGCUCUUGCUAGAGGUGAAUUGCAGUGUAUUGGGGCCACAACACUAGAUGAAUACAGGAAGCACAUUGAGAAAGACCCAGCCUUGGAGAGACGUUUCCAGCCAGUGAAGGUGCCUGAACCAACUGUUGAUGAAACUAUAGAGAUUUUGAAAGGGCUCCGAGAACGAUAUGAGAUGCACCACAAGCUUCGUUACACAGACGAGGCAUUAGUUUCUGCAGCGAAAUUGUCAUACCAGUAUAUUAGUGAUCGUUUCCUACCUGAUAAAGCAAUUGACUUGCUUGAUGAAGCUGGUUCUUGUGUUCGGCUUCGUCAUGCUCAGCUCCCAGAGGCAGCUAAAGAGCUUGAUAAAGAGCUGAGGCAGAUUACGAAAGAGAAGAAUGAAGCUGUUCGCAGCCAGGACUACGAAAAGGCUGGGACCUUGCAUGAUAGAGAAAUGGACCUUAGGGCUCAGAUUACAGCUCUUGUAGACAAAGGCAAAGAGAUGACUGAAGCAGAGACUGAAGCAGCAGGGGACAGUGGUCCCAUGGUGACAGAAGUGGACAUUCAGCACAUUGUGUCCACGUGGACCGGUAUCCCGGUUAAUAAAGUAUCGACUGAUGAAUCUGAACGUCUCCUCAAGAUGGAAGAGACUCUCCAUGAGCGAAUCAUCGGCCAGGAAGAAGCCGUAGAGGCCAUCAGCCGCGCGAUUCGCCGUGCCCGUGUCGGACUUAAAAACCCUAAUCGGCCAAUUGCUAGUUUCAUCUUCUCUGGUCCCACCGGCGUCGGGAAGUCGGAACUGGCAAAAGCACUAGCCGCCUACUACUUUGGCUCCGAAGAUGCCAUGAUCCGACUUGACAUGAGUGAGUUCAUGGAGAGACACACCGUCUCCAAGCUCAUUGGCUCGCCGCCCGGAUACAUUGGGUACGCCGAAGGAGGCCAGCUAACGGAGGCCGUCAGGCGGCGUCCCUAUACCGUCGUGCUCUUUGAUGAGAUCGAGAAGGCGCACCCAGAUGUUUUCAACAUGAUGCUUCAAAUUCUUGAGGACGGAAGGUUGACUGAUAGCAAAGGGCGGACCGUGGAUUUCAAGAACACCCUGUUGAUUAUGACGUCGAAUGUGGGAAGUAGCGUGAUCGUGAAGGGAGGCCGCCGUCGCAAACAAUUAGGCUUUGACUUCGAUUUGGAGGAGAACGUCAAGAAGGAUACGAGUUACAACCAAAUCAAGAGCCUCGUGCAGGAGGAACUCAAGCAGUAUUUCCGCCCGGAGUUCUUGAAUAGGUUGGAUGAGAUGAUUGUCUUCCGGCAACUCACAAAGAUUGAGGUUAAGGAGAUUGCUGAUAUUAUGCUGAAGGAAGUGUUUGAGAGGCUGAAGGUGAAGGGGAUAGAGCUUCAGGUGACGGAGCGGUUUAAAGAUAGAGUGGUGGAUGAAGGGUACCAACCGAGCUAUGGAGCGAGGCCCCUUAGAAGAGCCAUAAUGAGACUCUUGGAGGAUUGCAUGGCUGAGAAGAUGUUGGCUGGAGAUAUCAAAGAAGGCGACUCGGUAAUUGUAGAUGUCGAUUCGGAUGGUAAAGUGAGGGUUCUAAACGGAUACACUGGUGUAACUCCUGAGCGGUUACCCGAACCUCUUGCAACAUAGAUCAGGUGUUCUACUUUUUGAGCUUAUUUGUACAAUUUUGUAUUACUACUCUUCUUUCGAGUUGGGUAUUAUUGUUGCAAGUCUGAUACAAAUUGGUCUGCAGGGUAGAAUCAGAUGCCGAUUUAGUGGCUAGGUUUCCGAAAGUGUUGUUUCUAUACAUUAGGAAUUGCUCGCAUUUUUCGGGUCAACAGAGGGGAUGAUGUUACUGUUGGAUUUGUGUUCCCAUGAAAUAAAGGACGUUUUCUUGAA